AGAGAGAAGAGGGCGAGGUGGGUCAGUAACACACGUUGUGUUCAGGCAAUCCAUGUGCUCACAUGGAUGAUAUAGAGAGAGAGAGGAGAAACCCAUCAGAGAAAGAGAAACAAAUAGUAGUAGACAAGAGGAGAAGAAGCAGAAGCGGCAGCAGCAGCAGGGGCGAAACUCACGAUCCCUUUUCACACUUGCUGCGAGCUGACCACACCCAUCUUUGCUUUUUGUCUUUGCCGUUGGGGAGAGUUAGAGACAUAUGGAUAUGGUAUAAUUAGCUGAAAAAAUAUUGGGUUUUUUCUUUUCCAGUGAGUUGAUUUUACUAGUUAUUGUUUGAGAGAGAGAGAGAGAGAGAGAGAGCUCAGCGAGCAAUAUGAAGGAGAACAGUGAUGUGUUUGUUAGGGCAGAUCAGAUCGAUCUGAAGAGUUUGGAUGAGCAACUCGAAAGGCAUCUGAGUCGGGCAUGGACCAUGGAGAAGAAGAAGGAAGAGACGAAGGAGAAGACCACUAGAGAGGAGUGGGAGAUCGAUCCCAGUAAGCUUAUUAUGAAGGGUGUUAUUGCUAGAGGCACUUUUGGCACCGUUCACAGAGGGGUUUACGAUGGCCAAGACGUUGCAGUCAAAUUGCUUGACUGGGGGGAAGAAGGACACAGAUCUGAUGCGGAAAUUGCUUCACUGAGACAAGCUUUUACCCAUGAAGUUGCUGUCUGGCAUAAGCUUGAUCAUCCUAAUGUAACUAAGUUCAUAGGUGCUGCAAUGGGCACAUCAGAUCUGAACAUACAAUCAGAAAAUGGUCAUAUUGGCAUGCCUAGUACUGUUUGCUGUGUUGUUGUUGAAUAUCUGCCUGGGGGUGCUUUGAAAUCAUUUCUCAUAAAGAACCGGCGCAGGAAGCUAGCUUUCAAAGUCGUUAUUCAACUGGCAUUGGAUCUUGCACGAGGUUUGAGUUAUCUUCACUCCAAGAAGAUUGCACAUAGAGAUGUGAAGACAGAGAACAUGCUCUUGGAUAAGACACGCACUUUAAAAAUAGCGGACUUUGGGGUUGCUCGUGUUGAAGCUCAAAACCCUAAUGACAUGACGGGUGAGACUGGGACCCUUGGUUACAUGGCUCCUGAGGUCCUUAACGGCAACCCAUAUAAUAGGAAAUGUGAUGUGUAUAGUUUUGGAAUCUGCUUGUGGGAAAUAUAUUGUUGUGACAUGCCUUACCCGGACCUGAGCUUCUCAGAAGUGACUUCAGCUGUUGUUCGCCAGAACUUGAGGCCAGAUAUACCACGGUGUUGCCCAAGCUCCCUGGCAAAUAUAAUGAAGCGAUGUUGGGAUGCAAACCCUGACAAACGGCCAGAGAUGGACGAGGUGGUGUCCUUGUUGGAGGCGAUUGACACAUCAAAGGGUGGAGGAAUGAUACCCAUUGAUCAGCAACAGGGCUGUCUGUGCUUCCGUAAAUAUCGUGGGCCUUAGGAUGACCUUUCCUUGAAGUGAAAAGGAUGAGAUGUGAUUACAGUUAAGAGAAUCAAUUCGUAAUGCAGGUCAAGAGAGUUGAAAAGAGGCAGUGUGUGGGGUGACAUAGGCUGAGGCGAACUCUGCA